GCACAGUCUGAUAAGAAGAGCUAUAGCUCUCUCAGUGGUUACUCUAGUACUGAGACAACUUAACGCUAACCAUUUACAGUUCGGACGGAUUCGAAGGCCGCUUGGACGGAGCCCCUUGCAUAUCUUCUCUCGGCUAGAGAACUGCGGCCUGCUAACCAUGACAUAGUAAUGCUCACUACACAACCGCCCGUUGUGCACACCCCAGAAUCGACCUAGGCUCAUCCCGCAACACACCUCAUGCCUCCUCGUCUCUAUCUAGUUCGACACGCGGAAGGCCAUCACAAUGUACAUCAUGCUGUUCACAUCAGGGAUGCUACCCUCACUGAAGAGGGCAAAGCUCAGUGUCGCCAACUGCACGACACCUUUGCUUAUCGUGAGAUCAUCGAUCUCGUCUUGUCAUCGCCUCUUCGCCGUGCAAUCCAGACUACUGUCCUCAGCUUUGGGCCAACGCUGUCUCGCAAGAAGGUGCCUUAUCUUCUUCUUCCUGAAGCUCAGGAAGUGAGCGGUUUCACCUGCGAUGUCGGCCAUACCAAACAGGAGCUCCUUCAGGAUCUUCCCGACCUCUUUGCCAACGAGCCUCUGCAAUUUGAUCGGGAGAAGAUCAACUUGGAUGCUGUGAAGGAGGGUUGGAACUCUAAGACGAGAUACUGGGCUCCUGACAAGAUCAGGGUCCAACAACGCGCUGCUGAUUUGAGGACCUGGCUCUACCUGCGCUCCGAAGCUCAUAUUCUUCUUGUCACGCAUGGCGCAUUUCUGCACUAUCUGACCGAAGACUGGACCGGAGAUGAUCCUGCUCGAGGGACCGCAUAUUCAAACUGCGAGGUCCGUGUGUUUGACUCCACAUCAACAUCUUCCAAGAAAAACGCGCAUAUUGUUGAAAUCCCGCAGACCCGAGAUGCGCGACCUGCUGGUAUCUCGAAUCAGGAUCCGCACGUCCAGUCAGAAAUCAAAUCCGUAGAACUGAGAGAGCUAUAGCUGCAUAAUAACAGGCGUUUAUACUUGGCUUAAAUUUACAAGUUUCGUCAUUAUAUCCGUGCGCUAAAGCGUGUUAGUUUCAAAUUGGCAUAGAUUAUUCUAGUUAUAGUUAUGAGCGUAUAAAUCAUAGCAAACACAACCCCAUGCCCAUUGUCCUCAACUUUAUAAAUACG